AAUCUUUAGGUUUUCUACUGGAGACUUUGCUGAAGAUGCUAAGAGUUUGGGGAAAAAAGGAAGUGCAAGCACAUUUCACAAAUCCACAAUCUGUAAGUAUCACAUCCUGUGUGGCUAUAAACUCUGGACUGAGGAAGGGCUGGUGAUUUUCAAAAGGUGAAGACCAGUAGAAAAUUCUACAGGACUGUGUGAGAACCGAGAGUCUCCUGGGAGUUUGAGAGACCUCAGCUGCAACCAACAGGCUGGUCCACGGGCACAGGGUUUGUGGCACAAUCAUGCUAUCACGGUCCAUGACCAAUGAGGCCAUUGCAGUUCUGACACCAAAUGGCAUCAGCUUCCCCCAAACACGGGAACCUAAACCCACCAACCAGAGGCAAUACAACCUCAAGAAACAACUAAAGGCAGAGGUCAAAGUUCUUGGGGCUAUUCAGAUCCUGUGCGGGGUGAUGGUGUUGAGUUUGGGGAUCAUUUUGGUAUCUGUUCCGUCCUCUCCAUCCUUUACCCCGGUGUUUUCCACCCUUUUGAAGUCUGCUUACCCAUUCAUGGGAGGCUUGUGUUUUGUCAUUUCUGGAACUCUGUCAGUCAUCAUGGAGAAAAAGUCAACUAAGCCUUUGGUUCAGAGCAGCGUGGUUGCAAACAUUCUGAGCUCUCUAUGUGCUCUGGUGGGUUUCAUUCUCCUCUCUGUCACGUUGGUUGCUGUGGAUCCUGCCUUUCGGAAGUGUACCUUCAACAAAGAGCAAAGAAAACCUGAAUGGACUACAUUUAGCUAUUUUAUUAACCCAUAUAUGGACAAACAAUGCAUCACGGCCAAAACCACUCUGACUGUUCGUGAUAUGAUCAUGGGGAAAAGGUACCUGCAAAUGAGGUUGGCAGUAAUUGACAUAAACCCACACUUGGUGGAGCCAGCUCAUGGGAACUCUGUCUGUGAUGCUGAUUUACACGGCGCUGGAGUUCUGCCUGGCUGCGCUCUCUGCCAUGAUUUGGUGGAAACAGGCUCACUCUGA